AUGUUUCAACGCCUCAAGGGCUCUAUCGACAGGGUCAUCGCCGAGGAGCAGGCCCGUCAGAAAGCUGUCAACGACCAAGCAGCAUCCGGCUCUGCCACCGGCAGCCCCAGGCAGUCCUCGUCCGUCUCGAGGAGCAACAGCGCCGCAUCCACUGCCAGGAAGCCAAGGCCCAAGAAGCAGAGUCAGGAUGUCUCCAAGAACGACGAUGGCGCCGCGAAUCUGGACCCUGCCGUCUUCGAGGCGGCCUUUGUUAUAGACGACGACGAACCUAGCCGCGCAACCACUCCCAAACCGCCGACCGAUGACCAGACACCGCAGAAUGGAGAUGCCAACGAUGCUGGGUCUGCGAGUGGCGAGGCUGGUGCUGCGACGGGCGCUGGAGAUACCGCCCAACCUGCAAAGGAUGCAAAAGACGACGAACAAAAGCCUGCGCCGCCGCCCAAGAAUGACACACCCGAGCUACCUCCAGAUGUGCGCACCAAACUCAGGAAAUUGGAAAAGCUGGAGGCGACCUAUCCAGAACUGCUCCGCUCCUACCGGAUUGCCCACAGCCGAGCUACCUCCAUCGAGCCUUUCGAACGCGCCCUUCGCGAGAACACUCCUCUGACAUCCAUCAAGGACCCAGCCGCCUUUCUCGAAUAUCUCAACCAGCUGAACCUCAAGGGCGACAUGGUCAUGGACGAGUUCAAGCGUGUCUCUGCUGAGAAGGACAAUUUUAAGAAGAAAUACGAUGCCGCUGACAAGGAGAUUGUCGAGCUGAAGGAGAAGGUGGCUGCUCUAGAGGCUGCUAAAACUGCUGAAGGCGCAACAGCAGCAGCAGCUUCCGAGAACGAGGCGAGCACUGCCGAGCCUGAGAAGGCUCAGGUCGCGACCCAGACCUCGCCACGCCCAUCAGACGUUCGGUCCCCUGUGCAAUCGGUCCUAGGAAUGUUCUCGCCUAAGCAGAAGCCAGCAGAGCCUGCUGAGUCUAAGAGUGAUGUCGAGGCGACUGGCGAUGAUUUCUUCUCCUAUGACAAUGAGAUCCCAGAGCUGCAAGCCGAGGUGGAGUCGAAGAACGGGGAAAUCGAGAAGCUCAAGGUCCUUGUCGACGACCUCAAGACGGAGCUUGCAACUGCCAAGGAAAACAGCGCUGGUCUUGUCGAGAACCUCGAGAAGGCGAGCCGAGAGCUGAGCGAGUCGCGGGACAGCGUGGCCAUGGCCGAAUCUUUGCAGUCGCAGGUUGAUGCACGGAAUAUCGAGAUCAAGACCCUGACAGAACGCAUUGAAAAAUCGGAGGCACAGCUGAAGGACCUGCAGGCGCAGCUGCAGCAGGAGAAGGCAGCCACAGCAACGGCCAUCAAGGAAAAGGAAGAAAGGCUCGCCGAAACAAGCGCCCUGCACUCAGAACUUGAGAGUGGCCUGAAGAAGGUCACUGAGGCCAAGGCCGCCCUGGACACGCGCAUUGUCGACUUGACGACCGAGAUCAAGAGCCUGCGGCAGUCAAAGCUUGAGAACGAGCGAAAGAUCGAAGAGCUUAAUACGCAGCUCCAGGUCAAUCAGGCGCCGCCUACGCCGUCAACAACCGCCCCCUCUGAGUCUCUUGAGCUUCCCGCAGCCACCUCGCAGCCACCCUCGUCCAACAACAAGAAGAAGAACAAGAAGAAGAAGAAAGGCGGCGCGGGUGGAGCCACGGCCCCCGCAGAGACGACGAACACUGCUGGCGGCGACACCACGCCGCAACCCCCAGCGACCCCGAUCGAUGGUCCGUCGCUUGCGGAGCUGCAGGUCGAAAUCUCAACCCUGAAGUCAGAUGUGUUGCAGAAGGACGAGCAGAUCGAAAGGCUAUCCAAACAGCGUAAGACAGAGGAGGAUUUACGGGAAGAAAUUGAGACUCUACGGGAGAACUUAUUGGACAUUGGCGAUGAGCAUGUUCAAGCCAAGGACAAGAUCAAGGGGUUGGAGGCCGAGAGGAAGCAGCUUCAAGAGCGCAUUGCUGAGCUCGAAAAGGAGCUUGAAUCAUCCUCCUCGUCGGCGCAGACUAACGACAAGCUACAGGGUGAAUUUGAAACGAUGAGACAGGAAUUCGAGGAUCUGAAGACAAAAUCGUCGACACUACAAUCCGACCUAGGCGCGGCACAGCAGCUUGCACAGAGCAGAUACAAAGACCUCACCGAGCUUCGCGAGGUCCUGCAAAAGGCCCAGCCGGAGCUCAAGAGUCUCAGACAGGAGGCAGCUACCCUGAAAUCUACUAGAGAGGAGUUGGCCGCGAAGGCUGCCGAGCUACGUGCGAUGGAGAAACGCGAAAAGGAGCUGAAGACCGAGGUCUCUCGCGCGCAGCGCCUGGCAAUUGACCGCGAAACCGAGACCAAGACACUCCGCGAGAAGCUCACGGCCGAGACAAACGCUAAAUUGAGCCUGGAAAACGCACAGCGCAUCUCGGGCCGUGAUCUGCGCAAGGCAGAGAACGAGAAGAUCGAACUCAGCGCCAAGGAGGAGAAGGCCACGCGAGAGUUGCAGAGGCUACAAGAGGAGAUGUUCAAAUUGCGCCCGCGGGUGAAGGAGCUUGAGGACGAGUGUGCCAAGCUGCGCAAGGAGGCGGAGAUCGCCAAGGAGGACUCGGAACUCAAGACGAGCCAGUAUACCAACGCUCAGAACUUGCUCGGCAGCAUGCGCGAUCAGACACACGAGCUCAGCAUCCAGCUCAAGGAGUCCCAGGGCCAGGCAGAGAGCCUUGAGGAGGAGAUUGCAGAGUGUCGUAAGCUGCUCGGCGAGCGCACAAGAGAAGCAGAAACCAUGCGUCGCCUCCUCGCCGAGGCUGACGAGCGCGCCAAUUCCAAGUCGAGAGAGAUGCACGAGCGCAUCGAAGAGGCCGAAAAGGAGCGUGACCGCUUCGAGCACGAGAUGCUGUCCUCUUCGCGGCGGGCGAACCGCCAGACCGAAGAGCUCAAGCAGCGCAUCAAGGAGCUCGAGAAAGAGAGCAAGACGCUCGCCGAGGAGAAGGACGAGCUCGAGCACAAGGAGCGCGAGUGGCGGCGCAGGAGGGAGGAGCUCGAGGCGGUGGAGGCCAAGGCAGAUGACGAGGUCAACGAGAUGCGGCGCACGGUGAACGACCUCCGCGCCACACUCGAUGCAUCAGAGCAGCAGGUGCGUGAUGCGGAGAAGGCAAGGAACGAGCUCCGUCGAAGCCUAGACGAUUACAGGAUACGCCAUGACAAGCUCGCCAAAGAGUUGAAAAUCGUACAGGGUAAGCUUGCCACCACGAGCGUGAACAGCCCAGCGGCCGGCAGCAGGGGCAGCAUGGAGAGUCAACGGAGCGGCGGCAACGGCGCUGCGGCUGGAGGAAGUGGGGGUGGUGUGGAUGCGGUCUAUCUCAAGACGAUCAUGCUGCAGUUCCUGGAGCAGAAGGACAACAGGCUCAGGGCGCAGCUUGUGCCCGUGUUGGGCAAGCUGUUGAAGUUUGACAACCCGAUCAUCAUUGCCGUGUCGAACAUGGGAGAGCACGAGAGGAAUGUUGCCUAG